AUGGAAAUCAAACCUAUUCCUGCUUUCUACUGCUGUUACCUCCUUCGUUCCACAGUUCGCCACGCGAGCACCUAUAUCGGAUCGACACCGGAUCCGGCGCGCCGCCUGGGCCAGCACAAUGGCAAAGUCAAGGGCGGUGCUGUUCGUACAUCCCGUGCAAGUCUGCGACCCUGGGAGAUGGGUUGCAUCGUUGCUGGCUUCCCGUCGAACAUUGCCGCCUUGCAAUUCGAAUGGGCCUGGACCAAUGCUCACCUGACCCGGCACAUCUCUGGCGAGCAACGCAUUUCAUUUGCGACAACGCGCACAAAGACCUCGAAGUCGGGCAAGGUAACCCACAGACCGGGUAGACCAAGGAGUUCGUUGAUCGAUAGGUUGUCCAAUCUCCAUCUUUUGUUGCGUGUGCCCUAUUUCUCCAAAUGGCCACUUGAGGUUCGCUUCUUCAGCGAGGAUAUGUACCGGUGCUGGACGACCUGGUGUGGCCGUGUAGACACGCAUAUUCGGCCUGGCGUAAAGGUCAUCUUGGAUCCAGCACAGCCUGUGGAGCAGGAAGAAGACGACUUCUCUUCUGCUCAGCCCCAGGCGAGCCAGAGAAGGAAGAGGAAGGCGGAGCUGAUCGGAACGGGCGGACCCGAGGGCGUCGAUCCGACAUAUGCCCGACUGAGGAGUGUUUUGGAGAAGAGCCAAUUUAUACUCGACGACGGCGACGAUCAGAAAUGCUCUCUGUGCGCCGCGAAUAUCGACCUUCACAGGAGCCUUUUCGCUAUCUGCCACGUGGAGCAUUGUCAGAGCAUUGCUCAUGUCACAUGCUUGGCCGAUGCAUCACUGCACAGGGAGCAGUCAGCCUCAGCCGUCGUCCCAGACACAGCAGUUUGCCCUUCAUGUGCAAGAGAAACCCCUUGGGUGGAGGUGAUGCAACAAGUCACCUUACGAAACAGAGGGUUGAAAGAGGUCAAGAAACUCUUAGGCAGAAAGGGGAAGAAGUCCACAGCAGCAGUCGCGGCGGAAAUCAUGGAGACAUGUAGCGAGGCUAGCGAUUCGGAAGGAGAGGAAGAAGCACUGACCGCAGAACAUGUGGUCGACGAAGGAUUUCAAUUCAGUUCUGGUGAAGAUGAUAGAUUAUCCGUUGCAUCUGCAGAUUCCUUCGUUAGUGGGACUUCGGACCGCGGAGUUGGAGACAAGACAAGAUCUAGCACUGCCGCGGGAGAGCGCACAAAACCAUUGCUAGAGAUGGUCAUAGAAGAUAGCGAAGAAGAGAGAUGA